CCCCGACACACUCCCCGGGCGUUCCCGUGCCCUAAGCGGUGGCUGUUCUCCCAGCGGCGACUGCGGCGCUUCCUCGGCGGACGACGGCUGUCUUCCUCUCCAUCAGCGAACAGCGGAAGCAAUGGCGGUGUCUUCCUCCGGCGAGUUCUUGUCGCUGCAGCGUUUUCCUCGGUGAACGACGGCUGCUGCGUCUUUCUCUCCAUCUGUGUAACGGCAGAGGCGGCGUCUCUGCUCCCCGUCAGUUGAGUAUGGAAUUGCAACGGGCUGUUCAUGACUGACUACGAUGGAAUCGGGGCUCUGAGGACUCAGGGGCUUACUAGUGGAAAGUGGAUAGACGCAGACGAUGGCAUGACCAUUCAGGCAUCAAGUGCCAGGAAAAUCAGGUGUUUGUGAUGAUUUAGGUGUACACUAUGUCUUGCAAGUGGGAUUACCAAGCAGUAAGGAGUUAUUUGAUGCUAAAUUGGAGAAGAAAACUUGCAGGAUUAUUGCUUGAGUUUAGGAAAGUUUCCCAAAAGACAUUGCCACCAGUUGUCCAAAAGCCUGAUGGGAAGAAAAACUGGAUGGUUUGUGAUCCGGUUCCUAUAAACAACUUCUGCUGCUAAAUAGAUAUCUAGGUCUUUGUUUAUCAGUUAUAUCUCCUCUGACUACUCUAUGUUAUAUUUGAUAUUACUGAUUCUGAGGUAUCCAAUUUAGUUUAGUAUUUAAUUUUUAAGAAGAAUGGAGUGAGUUGCUCAAUAAAGCCCCAAUAAGUCACAUACGUUGUACCUGGUAUUGAAGACUUUGACCACGCAGAUAUCUCUGAAUUUGUUCAGAAAGCUCAGGUCUUAGUAAGUGUCAGAAAAUUAGAACUUGGAGACAUUUUUAGUUAUUGGUUUCCCACAGGAUUCUGGAGUGUUCUUGGAUGGAGCUUUCAGAAAAUAAAAGGACAGUGACAGCUGAGGAAUUAGCUGUGGUACUUAUUUUGCAGAAUUAACUUUCCAUGCUUGAACACUGCUCAUCUUUCAUUUUCUUCAGAUUAUAUAUGGCAGCAAGGAAUAUCUUGAAAGCUACUGUUCCCUUCUCUUGUUGUCUAGAGAUGACAUAUAUUUUAGUGUGGUUGAUAGCAAGGGAUAUUGUUCUCUAUAUGAACGACGACCAAGUAUUAAGGGUCAAUAUGAGGAUUCUUUAGGAAAGAUUCUUUUGGUCAAUUUUCAGGCUGCCCAACCACUUCCUCAAUGGUGGCGACAGCGUGGUGGUUGAAUCCAUCGCAACCCUAGUUUUCAUGGACGAGGAGGAGGUGGGUUUUCUCUCGUUGCAUCGGUCUUCGAUAACGAUGGCAUGCUUUUGCUUGCUUCCAUCCUUAUUGUCAUUGUUCCAUCAUAAGUUCUUGAUCUUUGUUCCAAAGAUGGUUCUGUACGGUGAUUCUUUGAGAAAGAUUCUUUUGGUGUAUUUUCAUGACCGUCCCUUCCUCGACGGUGGCGAAAACCUAGCUGUAGACUCCAUCGCCAGCUUAGCUUCCUUGGUAGAGGCUGAAAACAAAAGUGGCGAUCGACAAGGAGGGUUUUCUAUAGUUGCAUCGAUGGUGAUUGCAUGCUUUCGCUUGUUUCCUGUCCUAUGGUGGCCAUUCUAUCGCAGAUUCUUGAUCCUUGGUGCAGAGAAGUGUCGGUACAAGGAUUCUUUUGAAUAGAUUCUUUUGGCCACAUAUUUUCAUGGCGAGCUCUGCUGCCGCCUAGCUUGCAAUGAAGAUGGCAAUUGACGAGGAGGUUUUUUUUCUCUCGUUAGGCCAGUGAUGUUUUUUCUUGCUUCCAGCCCUAUCAUGGCUGUUUGAUCGCAGAUUCUUGAUUUCUUGGUCCGGAGGAGAAGAGUCAGUAGGUUGGUUCUUUUGGACAUCGAGUGUUCCUUUGCCUCGUGAUGGAUUUCUGCCCACUGGCAAGGAAACCUUCUGUCAAUGGCAUAAUUACAUUGAUAGGGGGACCUGAGGUGGAGUAGAUUAUUUGGUCAUAGUGUUGUUAUGAUCAUGUUGUUUGUGCUUCUUAUGAAGGAAGAAGAGAUAAUUGGAUUGGUUGCCGUUAAGUGGCUCGGAAAGUUUAUGAAGAAAGGAGGGCACCGGCCACAGCCAGUAAAUGAAUGUGAUAUUUAUUCAGAUGUAUAUGUAGGGACUUUGGUAUUGCUUGUAUCCACAGAGAAGGGGAAGGAUAUUGAACACAUAAUCUCAACUUGUGAGUUCUCGCAGGAAGACAAGAGUGAUUUCUUCUUAGUAGAUGAAAUUGUACCAAACCAGAUUAGCUCAACAAAAGUGAGUGAUAUGGACAGAGUUGAUUACGACUGUGGUUUUUAUGGAGGUUAUUUCUCUUUGCAGCUUAAAGAAAAGUCACUGUAAGUGAAAGGUGCAAGUGUCUAAGGAAAUGGCAAAAAUAUUAUGAUGAUCUACAAUGAAAUAUUUUAUGUUGUCGAUGUUCUGUUGUUGUAAGGUUGGCUUCUCGGUCCUUUGUAUUUAAUAAAAGAGAUAGUGAAACCUAAAGAUGGAUAUACUUUCACGAAAGUGAACUUGUAAUCACAAAGUAGACAUCACUUUUGAAGUUGUAGUUAUCAUUCAUGGAAAUCGUCUCCCUCUUGGUAGUGUCAUUAGUGAAAAGCAGAAAGAGGUGGGUGUUUUGGGGGUGGGGGUAGUGCGAUGGUGGGGGAUGGUUAAGUUAUGAAAAGAAAACCAACAGAGGCUAUGCAUGGAGGAAGGUAAUGAAAUUUAUUGGUUUUUGGUUUUUUGUCUGUUUACUCUUCUUAGACCUUCACAAGCAAUAUUGAAACUUUAAAUUAUAAGCACUGCAGGUUCUGAAGCACUGUCCAUCAGCAUUCCUCUACUUUUGCUUCACCAUCACUAGCUGAAAACAUGUUCUCACUAUUUGUUGCCAGAACAAAAGCCAUAACUUAUAUUUUGGUAAUUAUGCAAGACCAUGAUGUUCCUAAGCCUCUUCUAUGGUAUUACAUAUUGUUCCUACCUUCUUCUUUGGUUUACAGAUGCCUUUCUACUCUACUUUAUACUUUACAUAGACUAUUAUACAUCUGCUAAAGAGCCCUUUUAGUUGGCAAUAUAAGAUACUUGGAUCUAUUGUUUUUAUCCUUCUACAUAAAUAAAUACCUUCUUUUCAGUUUCUAUACAUUCAAUAUUUAUCUUGGUUCCAAAUGAUAAUGUGGAUUGCUGGAUCAGAAGAAAAUUAUGCUUAAUUAUAGUUUCUUUUUAAAAUAAGAUGAGAUUUAGGUGCAAUAUAAAUAGUUUUCCAUGUAUACAUAGGACUUGAUAAACAAGUCUUUUCAGACCUUUAGUGUUUUUUUGACUCAACUGUAUCUUUGUUGACAUGCUUAAUUAAAUUCAGUAAUUUAUAUUUUUUAAUUUAUAUACUUAGGAUUUAAUAGUUGGUGAUGGGCCUUGUGUGACCUUAGUGUCAUUUUUUUAAUAUUGAUCUAAACUUUAUUGUAUGCCUUACAUGAUCUAGACCGCACAAAAGCAUUUUAAAAAAAAGGAACCACGAUAUACCUUCAGAAGUUGAGAAUAUAAUAUUGAAAUAAGAUGAACUAAAAAAUAAACAUAUAUGUAAAAGAAACGAAAUGGUAACAUUCUCUCUCUUUUCUUUUGGAAGUGGAACAGCAUAUCUGUUGCUGAUUUUCUUAGCAUAAAAUUUAGCUAUUCCUGUUGCAGUUACUGUCUACAUAUUGAUUUUGCUGAGCUUCAUUUGUUAAGGCCACACUUACAAUCUUCUAGAAUAUUGGUUUAUGUUGAUGUCUUACUAAGGUAAUGCCUCCACUCUGACAUUAUUUUUUAUUAUAUCAUGUUAAUUUUAACAAAAAUAACAAAGAAAGUGGCGCAUUAUGCCCACUGAUAUCAGGUUAACAAAUUGUCAUUUAGAAUAUAUAAGCACAACACAACUUUGUUUCCUAAAUUGUUUACGAAAUGUACCAAAGGAAAAGGCUGAAAAGUUAGGGCAGAAGAAAAAUAAUAAAUAUUGUUUGGGUCUUAUUGAGGAGAUUAUUUGAAGAAGAAUAAAGUGAAUUUGCCUUUACUCAAAUGUAGAGGGCUUGCCUCUUUCCGUAGAUGUUGAUUACAUUGAUAGCAUGAAUACACUUGCUUUCCUAUUCUGUACAUACUAGACUUAUCUUUGCAAUUACUACUUACUUGCGUUCAUGGAUUUAAAUUUUUUCUUUAUUUUGAAUAACUUAGAAACAUGCAUAUUAGUUUUUUCCAAGGUCUAUCUUUAUUAUGUUGACAAAGCUCAAAAGAAAACCAACAGAGGCUAUGCAUGGAGGAAGGUAAUGAAAUUUAUUGGUUUUUGGUUUUUUGUCUGUUUACUCUUCUUAGACGUUCACAAGCAAUAUUGAAACUUAAAAUUAUAAAAAAUAAUCAUAUCUGUAAAAGAAACGAAAUGGUAACGUUCUCUCUCUUUUCUCUUGCAAGUGGAACAGCAUAUCUGUUGCUGAUUUUCUUAGCAUAAAAUUUAGCUAUUCCUGGUGCAGUUUUUUUUUAUUAUAUCAUGUUAAUUUUAUUUAAAAUAAUAAAGAAUAUAUCGCAUUAAAUUGAGCAUGGUGCUCUGUUUUUAUAGUCUCGACUUUCAUAUCCUAGUUGGUAAAUGUGUGCUUGUCAAGAUACCACAUUAAGGCAACCUCUUUGGAACUAGGUCUACAAAAGACGAUAUGUUUUGCUGGCUAGGGCUGCGGCCGUAGCAAUUCUAAACAGAUUGAGGUUUGACUACUCUACAAAAUAGACCAUUCAUAACUUACAAUCAUAUGUUAUGAAUCAAGCCAUCGAAA